AUGAACAGUGCCAAAAUCAAGCCAAUUAAUUGGUCGCAAAAACUAAUGGCGCUAAUUAUGGAGUCGAGUGUAGGCGAGCGACAAAUGAAACACAGCAUGAAUUUAUUGGCAAAACUAAUUCACCUCAAUAAACGUCUGGACAAAUGGACCGACAUGUUGGCCAACAACUCGAUCACAAUUAACGCACCCAUCGGUAACCAUAGCGACAGUCAGGAGCAGCCGGUGUUUAAAAUGUGCAAAACUCAAGUCUCGCCGACUAAUACUGUUUUUGAGCCGGCAUUUGUCACAACCCCUGUACAGAGCGGGACAACUACUACUACUACAACCCCUACAGUCGCCGCCGUAAAUAACGUACAGUCGUCGACGCCUACAGUAGUGGACAAAAUGUUUGCCUGUUUUCUACCGAAAUGCGGCUUUCGGUCCAAGUAUUACGAUUUGCUCAAAAGCCACGAACUGCAACACCAACAGGCAGUUGGUCACUCUGCCUAUCGAUGCGAUUACGGUCACUGCGACGAGCGCUACCCCAACUACGCGGCCCUGCGCGCGCACGUGACCAGCGUUCACAUGGUCAGCGCCCGAUACGUGUGCGAUUACAGCGGUUGCGACAAAACGUGCGCCACCCGUUGGCAGUUGAGCCGACACAUCACCGUCAGUCAUAACACGCGCUGGCAUUACCGCUGCGAUUACGACGAUUGCGGCAAAUUAUUCAAGUUUCCCUCGCACUUGGCCGCUCACAAGCGUAUUCACACUGGCGAUCGGCCUUUCCGGUGCGAUCGCCCUGGGUGCGGCAAGUGUUUCAAUCAACACACACAUUUGAAAGUGCACAUUAAGACUGUUCAUAAACAAGUGACA